UUUUUAUCUUUCUAGAAUGUUUGGAUCUGGUUUGGAAAAUAAUUUUACCCGACCAAAUGAGCGAGGUGAAUAUGAAGUUGCUGAAGGCAUAUCAGCUACAGUUUUCAGGGCAAUAAUGGAUUACUAUAAAACAGGCAUGAUUAACUGCCCACCUAGUGUAUCUGUUCCUGAACUUAGAGAUGCUUGUGAUUAUUUGCUUAUUCCGUUUGAUGCAAAUACUGUGAGAUGCCAUAAUUUAAGGGGUUUUCUGCAUGAACUCUCAAAUGAAGGAGCAAGGCAACAGUUUGAAAAAUUUUUGGAAGAACUCUUGUUACCUGUAAUGGUAGCUUCAGCCCAGCGUGGUGAUCGGGAAUGUCAUAUAGUCGUUCUUUUGGAUGAUGAUGUUGUUGACUGGGAUAUGGAUUAUCCUCCACAGAUGGGCGAAGAAUAUUCACAAAUCAUAUACAGCACUGCUACGUAUAGAUUUUUUAAAUACAUUGAAAACCGUGAUGUUGCAAAACAAGUAUUGAAAGAAAGAGGUCUGAAGAAAAUACGUCUAGGCAUUGAAGGUUAUCCAACUUACAAGGAAAAAGUUAAAUGCCGUCCUGGAGGGAGAGCUGAAGUAAUUUAUAACUAUGUCCAAAGACCUUUUUUGCGAAUGUCUUGGGAAAAGGAAGAAGCAAAAAGUCGACAUGUAGACUUUCAGUGCGUUAAAAGUAAAUCGAUUACUAAUUUAGCUGCAGCAGCAGCUGAUGGUGCUCUGGAAGCUGUUGCUCCUGCUCAUGUUCCUGCACCAACUAUUGAGGGAGCUGCUGGAGGGCUUAUUGAGGAUGAAGGGAUGUUAGUUCCACCUCUUCCCUCUCCCAGAGAGCUAUAUCCAGAUCGCUUGCCUCUGGAUGAUCUUGCAUAAUGUAUGCCUAAUCAACAUGAAUUUUUUACUUUAAGUAUUGAUAUUUGUAAAACUUAAGAGUGCUUGAACUCUACGCUAAAAUAUUACAAGUAUUUAAUAUCUAUUUAGUGUUCUAUCUACCAUGCAGGUAGUACACUAAGCAGGUAGUACAUUAAACAAGUCUUAUUUCUAUAUUGAAAAGAUUAGUGGUAUUUUGAUCAAAUCUGUUGUAACAGUCAGAUCAUCUAACUUUUGUAACGGUUAAACACUAUUACUUCUAUUAACCUCAAAGUGCUCCUUGAAAAUCAUUUAACAGUAAGUGUAAUUAAUCAAAAGUAUUAAGAUAAUAGUUUCUUGAUAGAGCCAUCCAAGGUGUUAAAUUUUUAUCAAAGUCACAUUGUUAAUCAUAAUUUUGGAGGACAUGGUAAUUCCAUACGAAUCACUGAUUCCAUGUAAUUUCCUUUCUCCCAGUGGUCAUUACAUAAUUAUGAUAAAAGUUUCAAGUGAUUUAAAACAGUUGCAUUUAACUUUUAAAGCAUUUUAUUUUUUUAAUUCAAGACACUAAUCUCUAGUAUUCCUAUUUCUAAAGUCCUUAACUUCAUCAUAUUUAUGCCAUCUGAACAUCAUUUUAACCAUUAUCAGCAUUUAGAUAUAAUUUAGCAUUGCAUUGCUGUAUUUCAUCCUAAAUUGGAGUUUUAACUCAAAGCCUAUUUAUGAAAUAUUUUGAUAGUCAUGCAGAAAAUUAUUAAAAUUCUGUGUGGUAUGCUUAAAAAUGCUUCAUUAACAGCAAGUAAUUUGAGUAGAAAAUUAAGUGCUGUUUCAGCCUAGUAAGGUAAUUAGUUAUAUCUUAAGUUAUUCAUUUAAUAUAUAUGCAUAUACUCACAGUUAGCAUAAAAGCAUAAAAAAUUCACAUGUUAACCAUUCUAUUUAAUAAGUUUUGGUAUUAAGACACAAUAACACGCCGAAUAAAUACUAAUUCAGAAGUCAAACAACAAAAAUCAGCGUUAUAUUUACAAAAUUUUCACAGGACUAGUUUCGAUGGUUUUACCGAACCACC